AUGAAUUCAUUAAAAGGAUAUAUAGAUAUCACAAAAAUUAUUGCAUCCUAAUUAUAGACGAUAAAGAAAGUAAAUACAGUUGCUAAGAUUCAAAAUAAUGAAUUUUUAGUGUCAAUGAUAAUAUCAAAAAAAAAUAUUGUAGAAAACUCCUCUCUUGAUUACUAAAAUUUGUAUUAAUUAAAAGAAGACGGGUUUCAUUUACUUUAAAGAGGUAGCGUUGUUUAACAAAAUCUCUUUACAUCUUAUAGCAAUGAUAGGGAGAGAUUUAUAAAAUAAUAGCAAAUCUCUGAUGAAUCUGAGAAGCCAAGAUAGGUUAUUGAAAUACAUUAAUAAGGCAAACUAUUGUUCAGCAUAAACACUUAAAAAUUUCAUGAGGAGAUAUUAAAUAAUGAAAUGGUCGGAGAGCCAUUUAAAUGGAAUAAAUAAAACAAUAAAGUUUUGUAUUUAGCAAAAGGCAAGAGUAAAGAGACCAAGACUUUCUUUUAGGUAGAAAAAGACGAGGAAAUAUAGCAAGCAUGGAACUACAGGAAAUAUGAAUAAAGUUGGGGUGAAAGAAUGGAUAAUGUUGAGAUAUUCUUUUUAUUUAUGUUAGAUAUUGAAUAGCAAAAACUGUUUAAAGUCUAAACUCCAAGCAAUUUAUUUUUAACUUUUCCAUAAUUUACAGAGAAUGAUGAAAUAAUUUUAGGUGGCUAUUAAAUUCAUAAAGAAUUCAAAUAUGGAAUAGUUCAUUGUUUUAACAGAGAGAGUGGGAUAUACCUUAUUGAGAAGCCAAAAUUAAUAGAAUUACCUGAUAAAGGAGAGAAUUUAGAGGAAUAAUAAUUACAACUAUUAUCAAAACAUGAAAUUUCUGUGAAACCACUUAUAAGUCCUGAUUUCAAAAAGUUAUUAUAUUUAGGGUCAGAUUACAAACACUAACAUCUAUGUUAUUUGAGUUUGAAUAUGAUAAAUUUGGAAAAUAAGUUCGUAGAAGAAUUAAUUGGAAUAUAGAAGGAAAAUGACUUAAGAAAAGUGAGGGAGAAUAAAGUUAAUAGAGAUACAAUUAUUGGAGGAAUUUGUGGUUUUUAUGAUGAUUUAUCUUUAAACUUUUGGAAUAAGGAUUCAACUCAUUUUGUGUAUUCUUCAAUCGUCUUGGGAUAAUAAAAGAUAUUUUGUAUUGAUAUUAAUACAAAAUAAAUAGAACUUUUAAGUCAUUCAGUAGAAUAGGAAGCAACACAUAAUUGCGAAAUUAUUAAUUAUGACUAAGUUAAUGAUAUCUUAUAUUAUACUGACGAAAACGUUAAUCAAUCGCCAAUUUUAACUGCUAUUAUUAAUGUCAUGGAUAAAUAGAGAAGGUAUAUACGAAAUUUAGAACAUUUUAAUUUGAAGAUAUCAAAUAAUUUUAUUGAAGAGUUUGUCGAUAGUGGAGAGGCAGAAGGGUUUGUUUGGUACUUAUAAGAAGAAGAUGAGAAAUUUGGAUUACCAAAAUACUUUAAAGAAAGGCCAUUAAUAGUUUUAGCACAUGGCGGACCACACGGAACAAUGUAAAGUUAAUACACAUAACUAAGACAUAUGUUGUUAUAAUAAGGGUUUAUUUUAUUAGCUCCCAAUUUUAGUGGAUCAUGUAGUUAUGGGUAGAAUUUCAUUGAAGCUUUGAGUGGUAAGAUUGGAGUAUAAGAUGUACAAGAAAUAUUGGACAUGAUUGAUUAAGUUUAAAAGAAAUAUAAGACGAGCAAAACGUUUAUAAUGGGAGGAUCUUAUGGUGGUUAUUUAAGUGCUUUAAUGGGAUCGAAGCAUUAUGAUAAAUUUAAUGCUGCUGUGAUUUUAAAUCCUGUUGUGAAUUUACCAUUUAUGAUUAAUAUUACAGAUAUUCCAGAGUGGGGUUCAUCUUGCGCAUUAAAUAGAAAGCACACUUGGAAUCUUAGUGUUGAAGAUUAUAAAACCUUGAUUGAAAGAUCACCAAUGUUAUAACCGCUGAGAGUUCCUUCAUUAUUAUUAAUUGGCUCCAAAGAUAGAAGAUGUCCUUAUCAAUAAUCGUUAGCGAUGAGAGCACAGGCAUUAGAAGUUGGCACAGAAAUUUAAACCUAUGUGUAUCCGAAUGCUGACCAUGCAUUGGCAGAUAGUAUCAAUACUGGAUAUGAUACCUUCCUGAAGAUCCUUAUGUUUCUAAAUGAGAAAUUAUGA